AUGGAGGAACAAACCCGAGCAGGCGUCGAGCCAGGAGAAGGAUCUGGGAGAUCAGGAAGAGGCGCUUUUCCAGUCCAGUCUGGUACUCCCCGGGAUUUGUCCCGAUGGGCAACGCCGCGGCAGGAAGGGAUACCCCAGCGCUUGGAAGCCCAGUGGCAAGAGUACUUGAAAACAGUCCAGUAUCCCUCUUCAGGGUGGGGAACGCCACAGCUGCCGGACUUGGCUUCGUGGGAUGACUUGGCCACCUUUGACCGCGUGGUGGGUGCCUGCCAGUGGUCUAGAGAAGGGAUGAGCCGCCUCAUGCCCACUCUCAGCGCCGAAGCCCAGCAGGCCUUGAGCAGCCUGAAUGCCAGAGACAGAGGGGACCACGGGAAGGUGAAAGCAGCUGCCUUGCGAGGCAGCUCCAGUGUUGCCGAGACGCAGCGCCAGCGCUUCCGCCAGUUCUGCUACCAGGAGGCGGAGGGGCCUCGUGAGGCCUGCAGUCGCUUACGGGAACUCUGCCAUUGCUGGCUGGAACCGGAGAGCCGCACGAAGGAGCAGAUCCUGGAACUGCUGAUCCUGGAGCAGUUUCUGACCGUCCUGCCAAAGGAAAUCCAGAACCGGGUCCGAGAACGCGGACCCGAGACUUGUGCCCAGGCGGUGGCCCUGGCCGAAGGAUUCCUUCUGAGGCAGCAGGAGAGUUUGCAGAAUGAACCACAGGUGGGUUGAUUUGAAUUGCAAGCCAGUCAAGCCAGGUGUGCUGCUGCUCUGGUUUUUGCCUUAAAAUUGCUUCAUUUUGUUAACCAUGAUGUUUUUGUUGGUGGGGCAGGUAGGGCCUUCAGUGUCAACUUUCUUUGUUGUUUCAGGACUCUGGUUUGUUCCGGGAGACAGCCACGAAUCUCUCUGAAGGCCAGAGGACUGUGCCUGAUGCCAGACAGAGGCAUCUUGCUAAGGAGGCCCGACAGCAGGAUAAUGGGAAGACCAGCUUAUUAGGUAUGUCUUGCACUUGUGCUGUUGCGAACACGGCACAGCUCUUUGGCACAGCUUAAGGCUACAGCUUAACUUCCAUUCCCAAUUUGAGUGCCAUAGUUCAGGGAGGAAUUUAGAUGAGUUGGAAAGUAUUCAAAGGAGUGGUUUGAAAUUCUAGAAUUUAGUGGCAAACGCUACAUUCUUGAAGGGUCAGCUGUUUUAGCAAAAAAGAUUAAAGACUCCAGAGCUGUUGUAAGCAGUCAGUCCUCCCUGGUCAUUGGCUGGGACUGAUGGGAGUUGGAGUCGGUUAGCAUUUGAAGGGCCGCAUAUUCCCACUCCUGUUGUGUGGCGAUGUUGUAAUUAACAUGUGCAGUUUGAGCCUCACUCAUCUGCUCAGUGGAAAGUAAGCACCAAGGUGGUUAAAGCUGAUGUUAGGAGUUCAUGGGGUUGUCUCAGCUAACAUUUCUCUAGAAUAUGCAGUGGAUGGACUUGGCUUACUCUAAGGUUUUUUGGGGUACGAUUUCUGCUUCAGCUUGUAGCCUGGCUUACUUACACAAAUCAUGUGAACCUAUUUGUUCUGCAGGUUAAUUUUUUUCCUCCGGUUUUAUUUAGGUUUCUGUUGCAGGGAAGGGGGAAAAGAUUUUAUGGAGGGCUGUGCUGUUUGGAUGGCUGUUUAGAUUUCUUCCAGUUCUAUCAUUCUGUUUACUCUGCAAGAGUGCUAUAAGCUGAGCUGUUGGUAUGGCACACUAAAAAAAUUAAAAUAUAUACCUUGCUAAUUGCAAGCUUGUACCAUGAAUAGUUUAUUGGUGUUGUAUGUAUAAAUUACAUAAAUUAUCACAACAUAUUACAAUAAUUUAUUCUGGCUUAGGGAGGGGGCAAUGAACUGUGCAGGGAAGUGCAAGCCUUGCUCUGCAGACACUGGGCAUCUUAUUCAGCCACCUCUCUGGCUGCUUAAAAUAUACAUUGGCCCUAAAAAUGUGCUUUGUCCAUCUACCUACAAGCAUAUUUUCAGAGUCAUAAGGACUAGAAACUUGCUUCAGAACAAAAGAAAGCUGAGUGUUGGGAAAUUUGAAUUCUGUACAUGCCUACAGCCACACUCUUCUGCAUUUCUUCUGUACUCAGACAGAACUGCAGCAUACACACAGCCUUGGCCAGAAGCAGAAUUAGUUGUGCUGAUGACAUAGUUAAUGCACAUGGUUUUUCAUCUAUAAAUGUUAGUCACAUUAGUGCAUUGAGCAACCCACAGAUGACUUCAGGAUUUCUCUCCCCUCCCUCCCCAAUCUUACAGGUGCCAAGAAUGCAAACAGAGCUGGUGGUCCAUUUCAUCAAGGGGCCAAGGAAGAGGGAACACGUUCUACUUCCGGGCUGGUUCCUAGGAAGGAGAAGUCCCACAUCUGUAUAGACUGUGGCAAAUGCUUUGCACGUCCAUCUGACCUGGCUAAGCACGAGAACAUCCACACUGGUGCAAAGCCCUUUCGCUGCAUGGAGUGCGGAACAAGAUUCAGCCAGCUGUCUCACCUGACCCGACACCAGAGGAUUCACACGGGAGAAAAGCCACACAUCUGCACCGAGUGUGGAGCAUCCUUUGCCCAGCGGGCCUCUCUGGUUAGCCACCAAAGAGUCCACUCCGGGGAGCAGCCCUACCGCUGCUCUCACUGCCAGCAGUGCUUCAGCCACCAGUCGGCACUCAAGGUCCACGAACGCAUCCACACGGGGCAGAAGCCCUACAUCUGCCUGGAAUGCGGGAAGAGGUUUGUUUCCUCCUCCACCCUGAAGAUACACAAGAGGAUCCACACAGGAGAGAAGCCGUUUUCCUGCGCGGAGUGCGGGAAGCGGUUCAUCCAGCGCUCCAACCUCAUCUCUCACCAGCGAACGCAUUCCGGAGAGAAGCCCUUUUGCUGCGGCGUGUGUGGGAGAAGGUUCAGCUACCCGUCAGACCUCACCAGGCACCAGAAAAUCCACACGGGAGAGAAGCCCUUCCCCUGCGACGAGUGCGAGAGGCGGUUCACCAGGUUCUCGGAUCUUCUGAUACACCGCAGGAUCCACACCGGGGAGAGGCCAUACCGCUGCCUCGAGUGCGGGAGAAGGUUCCGGCAGAAGAGCGCUCUGGUGACGCAUCAGAGGAUCCACACAAAAGAGAAAGCGGCCGAGAAAAGCAAGCCUCUGGUAUCCACAGAGUCGCAGGCAAAGAGCAAACUGAAAGCAAGCGAGACCGAAGAGAAGGUAGACGUUCCAGAUAAAGAAAAGAAAGAUGUGUCAAGAGCUUAG